AUGGUGGAGCCUGGAGGAGUCGACGGCACUGGCGAGAACAUCAGCAGUAGCAAUAACAACUUCAACAACAACAACAAUGGAGUGGAGAUGACUGAUCAUCCAUUCAGUUUGGAUACAAGUACAGACAGUAGUAAUAGUAGUAGCAAUAAUAGUAGUACAACAUUGUUAAUGAACAAUAAUAGUUAUCAGAACCCGCAGUCAAGUCGCCGAGACGAACAUAACGGUGUGCCAAUGUCAAUGUCCAACAAUGAACCAGGGACAUCAUCACAAUCGGAUUACAAUGAAAUCGAUGAUGAAGAAGUGGUUUCAAUUAGAUCUCGUGGAGUCAGUCGAGCAUCAUAUGGACACAAUCAAAAGAACAAACUGACGCAUGUGCGUGGCAAGCACACCUACUCCGAGAUGGACAAGAUCAAGAUGUCACAGUUCGAGUCACUCGACUUCCCUGUGAUCGAUAACCAAGUAAUGAGAGACUUUACCAAGAAGACUACAAGAUUCAAACAUGCAUUAAGAACAUUUGGCAAAUGGGCAAUAUGCUUCUCGAUUGGUGUAGCAGUAGGAUGUGUGGCUUAUAUAGUUAAACAGCUGGUGGAGAUGAUCUCUGAGUUCAAGUUCCACUCCUCUGGCAAGCACAUUGAGAAAGGCGAGAGUAUUGCCGGUUUCUUCAUCUACUAUGCCAUCAACCUACUCUUUGGUGUCUUGGCAUCAUUGGCCAUCAUCCCUGUUGGUCACAUUGCCUCUGGCUCUGGUAUUCCUGAGGUCAAGGGAUACCUCAAUGGUAUACGUAUACCUCAUUCAAUGAACAUUAUGACGUUAGUCUCAAAGUUUGUUUCGUUGAUAAUGGCAUUCUCAUCAGCUUUGGUACUGGGACCAGAGGGUCCAAUGAUUCAUAUUGGCAGUAUGAUUGGUGGCGCCAUCGGCCAGGUCAAGUCCAAGACGCUCAAAUGGUAUCCAAAGAUCUUUUGGCGAUACCACAAUGAUAGGGAUCGCCGCGACUUUAUAAGCACUGGAUCGGCAUGUGGCGUGGCCGCGGCCUUCGGUGCACCGAUUGGUGGUGUGCUGUUCGCGCUCGAAGAGACCAGCUCGUUCUGGUCGCGCCAGCUGACGUGGCGCACAUUCUUUGCGUGUUUGAUCGCCACGUUCACGACCAACCUCAUCCUGCAGGGCUUCCAGGUGCAGGUGCACGACUAUGGCGUGCUGACAUUUGGCUUCUCGCAAGAAUAUCUCUACCGCUACAGCGAGCUGUUGGCAUUCGCUGCCAUUGGCGUGCUGGGUGGCUUGCUGGGCGCACUCUUUGUCAAUCUCAAUGCACGACUCACUCACUGGCGCUCAAAGUUCUUCAACAGUCUGCCAACAUACAUGCGCGUGUUUGAGGUCAUCAUCCUUGUCACGUUCACAUCCAUCAUCCUAUUCACUGCCGCCGGACUCUCUGGCUGUCGUCCACAAAGCGACGUCACCUAUCACAACACGACAAUCACAUCUGGUCAGAACGUCACAUUCGUUCGUUUCCUUUGUGAGGAGGGCGAGUACAAUGACAUGGCUGGCCUCACUUUCAACACUUUGGACGCUGCAUUGCGCCUGUUAUACUCUCGAACUAAUGGCCUGUUCUCGAUCAAUACUCUGGCGAUAUAUACGCUCAUCAUAUUUGUAUUGACUACUAUAACAUCUGGUCUAAUGCUCUCCAGUGGCCUGUUCAUCCCGUUGAUGCUGGUCGGAGGAGCACUUGGACGACUCUCUGGACAGUUUGGCGCGCUCAUGUUUAGCAAGGCCAACCCUCCAAUCGAUCCCUCCAUCUACGCCAUGGUCGGAUCAUCAGCCAUGAUGGCUGGAUUCUCCAGAAUGACCAUCUCCCUUGCUGUUAUCAUCGUCGAGUUGACAGAAGGUACACAAUACAUGCUGCCAGUGAUGCUGUCAGUUAUGAUUGCCAAGUGGGUUGGAGAUAUAUUCAAUGAAUCGAUAUAUGAACACUUGAUGGAGCAGAAGUGCUAUCCAUACUUGCCGACUCAGCCACCACAGUACAUGGCAAAGUUUGGCAUAACAGAUGUAAUGAAGACUGAAGUGAUCACGUUGUACGAGGUGGACAAGGUAUCUCGCAUCAUCCAAGUGUUGCAGUCCAACCAACACAAUGGUUUCCCAGUGGUGGAGCGUGCAAGUAGCAGUGGCAAUGGCAAUAGCAAUGGCAAUGGCAAUGGCAAUAUCGUAGGGAAAGACGAUUACUCAGCCUCGGAGGAUGGUAUCUACUGCGGCAUGAUCCUUCGAUCACAGCUAAUCAUCUUGCUACACUACAAGAUCUUCUCGCACGAUCAGCCAUCGUUCCCCAACACACAAAACCGAGGUAAGAGUCAGCGACGCUGGGGUAAAGCCACCGACUAUGGACAUAUCCCAGCAGACGCCCGCAUGGACUAUCAGAUCAUGACACAGGCUCUGGCGCGACAUUUCCCUCCAAUCGACCGCAUGAACAUCACACGCGAAGAGCUUGACAUGAACAUUGAUCUCAGGCCCUACAUGAACCUGAGUUCACUCGUAGCCAACGAGACCUUCUCCUUCCAAGAGGCAUACCAAAUAUUCCGAACGAUUGGUCUAAGGCAUCUUCCAGUUGUCAACAAACGAAACCAGGUAGUUGGAAUGAUGACCAGGAAAGACUUGCUCUAA